AAAACAAAACAAAACAAAACAAAAAAAUAUUCAAACUGUUACCCUUCCUCGCAACUAUCUCCUCUUCUUUUCCCUCUCUUGUCGGUGUCCCUUAAAGCCCCCCCCUCCCCCAGCCCAGAGUUCUUUGCAAUGGAGGAUCCACACUCCUUUGCAAAGAAUUCCACCACUUUCUCUCUCUAGGGUUUCUCUUUUCUCUCUCUCUCAAUUGCAAUGUUGAUGGAGUCUAAUGGUUCGUCCAAUCGGCGCAGGACCCUUCAGAGACUGAGAUGUUCGGUCAAGAACUACGAUUGGGGUCGAAUUGGCUGCGAAUCAAGGGUUUCGAGGUUGUUCUCGCGUAAUUCGGGGCUCCACAUUGAGGAAGGCAAGCCUUAUGCUGAGUUUUGGAUGGGCACUCACGAGUCUGGACCCUCUUUCGUGCUUGAGAAUGGGGGUUUGAGUUUGAACUCGUGGAUUGCCAAAAACCCCAAUGUUCUUGGCGAUAAGGUUGUUCAGAAGUGGGGCGUUAAUCUUCCUUUCUUGUUCAAGGUACUUUCAGUUGCAAAGGUAUUGUCGAUUCAGGCUCACCCUGACAAGGAAUUGGCUGGGAUUCUCCAUAAGGCGAGGCCUGAUGUCUUCAAGGAUGGCAAUCACAAGCCUGAGAUGGCUUUGGCAUUAACAGAGUUCGAGGCCCUCUGUGGGUUUAUAAGUCUUGAGGAGUUUAUGGAUGUUCUUCAAAAUGUUCCUGAGAUUGCAGAAGUGGUUGGCAGUGAAUGUGUUAAUCAAGUGUUACACAUCAAUAACAAAGAUGGGGCAGAGAAAGUAAAAGCAGUUCUGCGGUCAAUAUUCACUCAUCUCAUGUCUGCUAGCAAGGACGUGAUUUCCGGAGCUGUAUCCAAAUUGAACAGUAGGCUCAACAUGGAAAGCGAGGUGAGGCAGUUGACAGAAAAGGAACAACUAGUAUUGCUGCUAGAAAAGCAGUAUCCAGCUGAUGUGGGUGUCCUAGCAACAUUCCUAUUUAACUACGUGAAGCUUAAUCCAGGUGAAGCAUUGUAUCUAGGGGCAAAUGAACUUCAUGCCUAUAUACAUGGUGAGUGUAUUGAAUGCAUGGCAACUUCAGACAAUGUUGUACGCGCUGGCCUUACUCCAAAGGACCGGGAUGUACAAAUUCUUUGUUCAAUGCUCACAUACCAUCAGGGCUUUCCUGAAAUUUUGCAAGGAGUUCCUUUAAAUCCUUAUACAAAAAGGUACCUCCCGCCUUUCGAAGAAUUCGAAGUUGAUCGCUGCAUUCUUCCCAAGGGGGCCUCGGCUGCUUUUCCAGCGGUCCCUGGCCCCUCUGUUUUCAUGGUCAUGGAAGGAGAGGGAACGAUGCAUUCUUCAACAUCCUUUGAAGAUUUAGUAAGGGAGGGUGAUGUUCUAUUUGCCCCUGCGAAUACCGAUGUUAAGGUGACAACCACAUCACAUUUACAUCUAUACAGAGCUGGAGUGAACAGCAGAUUCUUUUAAGAGGCUCUUGAGUUGGAGCGCGGCAGCAGCGUCUUUCCUGUGGGGCACUGUGUUUCGGUUUUUAUGCAACACCUUCGCUAUGUGCUGCUGUUGUUUAUAGAUUUUUUUGUAACAGUAAUGAUUCAAAUACCCAUAAAAAUCACCUCUACAACCCUCACUCACUUGUGAUUGGUUCAAGUAAGAAAGAGGAAAAAAAAAAAAAUAAUACAAACACAUCAUUGGUCUACAUCACUGUGGGGGUGGUGGGGUCUCCCCAAAAGGGGUUCCGAACAUUAUUCUUGUAUUAUUAUUGCUUGCAUGUAUGUGCAUGGAUAUAAUUAUAUAAUAGCUAAAAUCAUAGAUAGGAUGUAUGUUUUGCCAAGUGAA